UUGGAGAGGCAGGGCAGGGCCGUGACGGUACCAAUGAUAUAAUAAUGAUGAGUGGUGGAGCCCGCAUUUGAACUUGCGGCAGGCAGAGCGGACGGGGGGCUUCUGGAUGCCUGGGGCUCCAGCCAGACUUCUUCGCAGCCUGCGGAUCAGGUGUUCACCACCGGAGGGGCGGGGGCGGGCGCGAGGAGGAGCAGGAGGAGGAAAAGAAGGCGAAGAAGAAGAAGACGACGACCUGAGCCCGGAGCAGCAUCUGAGCAAGGGACUUAGUUCCAUGAGGGCACCUCUGGAUUAACAGCACGCUGAGAUUUGGGCUCCUUUUCCCCCAACCUCUCUCCCUCCCUUCUCUGUUUUUGGUCCCUUGCAGUCUCUGCAAUAAACUGCUUUGAAAGGUCAAGAUGUUUAAAAAAAUCUUAUGGAUGUGUUGGACCUUAACCAUAGCAUAUGCACUCCGCAAAGUUAAAGUGGAAAAAAGCCCACCGGUGAAGGGCUCGCUUGCCGGAAGAGCCAUCCUCCCAUGUUCCUUUUCGACCUUGCCAACUCUGCCUCCUAGUUACUACAACACAGCUGAAUUUCUCCGGAUUAAGUGGUCCAAGAUUGAACAGGACAAAGGUGGAAAAGAUCUAAGAGAAACCACUGUUUUGGUGGCCCAAAACGGGAAUAUCAAGAUAGGGCAAGGCUAUAAAGGGAGAGUGUCAGUUCCAACUCACCCAGAAGGCGUUGGAGAUGCGUCGUUGACUAUGGUGAAAUUGCGGGCAAGUGAUGCCGGGGUUUACCGCUGUGAUGUCAUGUAUGGAAUUGAAGAUACCCAAGACAUUGUCUCACUGGCCGUUGAUGGUGUUGUGUUUCACUAUCGUGCAGCAUCCAGUAGGUACACCCUGAAUUUCAAGCAGGCUCAGGAUGCUUGUUUGGAGAAUGGUGCUGUAAUAGCGAAUCCUGAUCAGCUCAAAGCUGCAUAUGAAGAUGGAUUUGAGCAAUGUGAUGCUGGCUGGUUGUCAGACCAGACCGUUCGGUAUCCCAUCAGGCAACCUAGAGUUGGCUGCUAUGGAGACAUGAUGGGAAAGGAAGGAGUCAGAACCUAUGGCUAUCGUCUUGCCAAUGAAACCUAUGAUGCUUAUUGCUAUGUGGGAGGCUUAGACGGUGAUGUCUUCCAUGUAACUUCUCCCAACAAGCUAACCUUUGAAGAAGCCAAAAAUACAUGUGAGGCACAAGAUGCAGUUCUUGCUUCUGUCGGUGACCUACACGCUGCCUGGAGAAAUGGCUUUGACCAAUGUGACUAUGGCUGGCUGGCUGAUGGCAGUGUGCGUUAUCCGGUCUCUGUGGCAAGAAUCCAGUGUGGCGGAGGUUUACUUGGAGUGCGAACUCUGUAUCGCUACGAGAAUCAAACUUGCUUUCCUUUUCCAGACAGCAGAUUUGAUGCCUACUGCUUUCGACGUAAGGAGAAUAUAUCUGAAUCUACAUCUGUUGAACUGAAUAUAGCUUUGGAAAGUGGAACAGCUCAUUUAUUCACCAUUCUACCUCAGACUGUUACAGACUUUUCUGAUUUGUCAAAAGUGACAGAAUCAGAUACUGUGUUGGGUGACCUAGUAGUGGUCACUCCUACACAAGGUGUCUCUGGCCUCAGCAAGGACAUUUCUGAAAGUCAGACUGAACCAAUAGAGGUGGCACCAAUAAGAACUUCUGAAGAUACUUCACUGAGAAACAAUUUGAGUAAAAUUGUAGAAACAGAGACUUCUGUUACACUAACAAAGGAAGAAACACAUCUUGGCAUCAAGCCCACAAAAAAAUCAAUGGAAGCAAAAAGUGACAUAAAACUCACAACAGUUGUCAUUCCCAAAGUGCUGCUCACUGAUGAGAGGCCAGCAACCUCUAGCACCAUUCCAGAAUUAGAUGUAGUUAAAGUGCCAUUCGUAGAUGAGAAUGCUACAGCUACACCAGAUGUAAUAGUAACUUCAUUUGAAAGCAAAAGACUAUCAACUACAGGAUACACAAAGAGCUAUGAAACACCAGUGUUUACAGCAACGGACAGAACUAAGGUAGAAUACACUGAUUCAACAGAAUCAAAAGGGGGAAAAGUGCAUCCAGUGACAUCUUUAGAUGAAAGUAAAGAUACUACAAGAACGAUUCCAACAUACACGGCUUUAGAUCUAGAGAUGAUCUCAGUUUCUGAAGCGUCCCAGGUUGACAAGAGGACAACAUCCUUUACUUCUGAGUCAGGCUUUGUGGAGUUACCAAGGGUUACACCCACUGUCACAGAAGUGACUGAUGUAGUGGCAGUUGCUUUUACCAAAGCUGAAGGAGAUGAGCGUGAUGUAAUUGCACCUACACCAGAGAUACAACAAGAGAAGGUUGAAGGAACAGUAGAUCAGAAAUCUGAAUGGACUGUUGAAGGGAGUACUGCUGAGCAGCAACCAGACUUAGGAAUUCCCAGGCAAAUAACUACCAUUUUCCCAGCAAUUGACAUAGAAGACAUAGCAAGCACAAAAGCUAUUCUAUUUACAGAUGCAUCAAAGAUGGCAACUGAUAUUGCACCAUCAAAGAAAGAACCAGAUGUUUCCCUGGUUUCUCAAACCCCAGAAGAUAAAAUUCCUAAGGACAUGAUUACAAUUACAAUUCAUACAGAUGUCACAGAAACAACAACAGAAGUUACAACAGGUAUUCAAGAGGAACACAGUACUAGAUACCAAGAUAUGGAAAAACUGGCUACUGCCCCAGAUUCUACAGCAGUGUUUUCAAAGUUACCUUUGACACCUGAACAUGACUUAGCUGAGGAAGGAUCUGCAUUUGAAGAGAAAUAUGCAACUACAGAUGCUUUGGGCCCAGGUAUGAAAAUAACAAUUAAUGAAACAGGCACAAAGUCCGAACUAUCUCCUGGAAUGGAUGCUGUCACUGAACAAAAGCUAAAAACUAUUGGGGUUCCUUCCACAAAGCCAAGCCUAGAAAGUGAACAUGGAGCACCUACGAUCAAAUCUAGAGGUCCCUUUCCUACAACUGUUAUUGCUCCUGUUCCUGAAAAAUCUACCCAUCUGGGAAAAGUAGAGUCUCUCACAACUCAUAGUCCGGAAGGUUCAGGAACAACAGAAGAAGUCAUAGGAACAGAACCUGUUUUAUUUUCAGCCAUUGCAACAAGUAAACCAACGGUGGUAAGUGGCAUGGCCACAACUACCUUUCCUGCAGUAGACAAAAUCCUACCUACUUCAGCAUCCAAACCUUUAAUAACCAAAACAAAGCCACCUUUAAUUGACAGGGAACCCGAUGAGGAUGUGGGCAUAGACGUACUAAUAAUUGAUGAAUCUAUUUCUCCUAUUAAAACCACCACUGAUGAUGAUUUUACAGGCAAGACGUUAGAGCAAGACAUCGACACAGAAUAUUUUACAUCUUCAAGUGUUACGGCAGUUGUACAGCCUACAGGACAACCCACAGAGGUUUUAGAGUCUCAGGAAGAGGCUCCUACUUCAGAUGCUGAUGUAGGGGUGGAAAACAGACCUGACAUAAAACUAAUUAUUGUUAGUAUCCCAGGCAAUGAUACAGAUCAAUUACAUGGUGUUUUGGAUCUGUUUGGUUACCAAAUUCAUCCACCUGAAGCAGAUGAAUCCCCUACAGAUGGUGAAUCCACACAUGAUGAACCCUGCACGGCAACCCCUAUUGACUCUGAAGAAAUAUUCAUUCUGGAGCCUUUCUACCCAUUUCCUGAGGAGGACGAAGAAGAAGACUGUGAAAAUACUACUGAUGUCACAACUCCCCCAGCUUUGCAAUUUAUCAAUGGGAAGCAGCAGGUGACUACUGCCCCUAAAGAUACAAAAGCUGAAGAAGCAAGGAGUGACCAAAUUGAAAGUUUAGCACAUUCCAAAAAUUUAACAUUUUCGCACAUCAAUGAAACAAACCUGCUGUCUGAGAACGAGCUGUCUGCCACAAUGCAGCCAAAUGAAUCCACUGAAAUGAUAGGAGAAGCUGUAGUUACACAAAAGCUAAUGGCAGAGUCCGCCGUGACAGAAUUUGUCUUCAGUGGGGAUUCAGAUGUUUCUACUACAGACAAAAUCCUUGAAAUAACAUCUCUACAUGCCCAAUCUUUAACAGACACAACAAAGAAAUUAACACAAUCUGAAACAGAUUUUAAUCAAAUCUUAAGUAAACACCCUCACAUUUUCUCUUUAAUUAAUACUGAACACUCAGGUGAUUUUACUGCCAACACUGAAUUAAAUAGUAAUGCCUUUUCACACACAAUGAUGACAACACUAAAAGAACAUUCUAAAAGUUUUUCUGCUACAACUUUUGCUCCAAAUGGGUUACAUCCUUCCACCACUGUACCCUUAGGCAUGGAAGAUAACACAAUGUCAGAAAAUGAAGUUUCUGUUUUACAAGAUGAUUAUAAAUCAACAGUUAGAUCUGAUGUACUUUCUUCUGUUAAAACCUCAUUGGAAGCAACCAGAAGUCCUAGUUCAAUGUAUAUUCUUGAAAGCUCUGGAAACUUUCAAGAAGAAGAUUCAGAAUCUGCAAGUGUGUUAGUAAAAACAGCAAGAACUACUGAAAAGAUUCCUGUUGGAGAAAUUUUCUCAGAUGUUAGCAAACAAAUUCUUACCAAAAGUACUCCAAGUGUCUCACAGCCUUCUCCUUCUUUGUAUGAAGAGACUACUUCUACACUUAAACAAACUUCCAUAGAAGCUAUUACUACUCAAUCUGUUACUGAAUUAAAUGCAGAAGAAGAGGAGAAGGAGAAGGAAGAGAGUAUGAGCACCAUUUCUUCAGCUGCUGAAUAUUCAACUACUGUUGAGACUGGAAAGUUGCUGUUCAGUAAUGACUUCAAGAACAUUACUGAUAAUGUCAGAGUUGUGAGCCAAGAAUCCAUAACCAUCAUCAAAACAAUAUCAGUGACAGACGUUCCACCUCUCAAAACUGAAGGGGCUGCAGAGAAGAGACUGCCUAUAGAUGAAGAAUCUGGGGAUGGAUCUACAGAUGAUUGGAGGAAUCCUGGCAGAAACAUACUUUUGGGGGGUCCCACAAGCAAAGUGGUAAGUACUGACUCCCCGUUUAUAGACCCAGGUUCUGGAGAAAUCGAUGUUAUCACUCAAGCUACUGCACUGACUUCAUUCCCAUUGAAGUCCGGACCUCGAAGCACUGACAAUCAGCUAAAGGAGAUAGACAUUCCUAGCACACAUACAUCACUUUUGAAAUAUGCAAUAACUGUUGAUCCUACAAUGCAAGUAUUAGGUAUUGAAUCACAUGGGGAGGGCAUGGAAACUAGAAUAGAAGGUGAAGUAUCAAAGAAUGUAACUGAUCACCAAGUAGCUCUACAACAUGAAUUAGAUACAACUGAAUUGUUGCCAUUAACUGAAAAGUCCAUUGUGGAAGCCACUGAAGAAGUGAUAACAUCUCCACCAGCAAUGGAAAAGAAAAUGGACUUAUUUGAAAUUAUUGGUGUUACAGCAUCUGUCACGCCUUUGACAAACAUUGCCCCUGACAUCAUUGUGACUCAUGGUGACAAAAGUAUAAAGUCAGUAACUGAAUCAAGUAAAAACACUAUAAUUUCUACUAGUACUUCUACAAUAUUAAAAGAUAACAUAGUUCCACAAGAAGGAAGCUCUGAAUUGAUAAAAAAUGAAACAAUGGAAUCUGCUCAACCAGAAAGCACACAGUACCUGUCUCCAACAACCUUUGCAGAGAAAAUUGGCAUUGUGGAUGUGGGUUCUGGAGAGGAAGAUGACAGAAGUGGUGUGGUACUAAUUCCUCAUGAUCCAUCAGAAAGAGUAAUUAAUACUAAAUUCCCAUUAGUCGAACAAGGUUCUGGAGAUGUAGGCUCUUUUACAGAUUCUCCUAUAAAAACAACAGUUUUAUCACAAUUGCUGGUAGAAAGACUUGGAACUCAAACAAUAAAAAAUGAAAGCAGAGACAACAGCAUGACGUCUAGGUAUCAGGUGUAUACAAAUGCACCUGCAAAGUUAGACAUAAGUAGUGCUACUAUGAUCAUCUCAGCAAAUACAGGAAUUACAAGAAAAGUCUCUAAUGUAUCAAGCAUGGAAGAGGAAACACCAGCUGAAUUGGAAACAAAAGCUUUUGCUACAACCAUCCCUUUGGAAGAUGAAAUGAAUUCUGAUGAAGAAAGUCCAGCUGAAACAUCAGAGGAAAUAGCACAAACACCUGCAGUGAAAACACAAGAAUCUUUUGUUAAAAGUACAGAAUCUAUAACUAAACAGCCAGGAAUUUCAAGUGGUUCUACAUUUACCCCAUAUGUAGAAGAAAUAAAAUCUGAUGUCUCUUCUGACACUGAAUCAUAUAAAACCCUCAUAACUAAGUCCAAAACAUUUCAAAACAAAGUUGUAAGCACUUCAUCAACCAUUGGAGAGAAAGAAGAAUGGUUGGUACAAAAUAUUUACCCUACUGAAGAUAGCCACAAACCUUUCUCCGUGUCUGCAAUGUAUAAACCAGAUAGCAUGGCAAUCAGUAAUGCUCCAUUGUUCUCUGAACAAGGCUCAGGAGAUGCAUUCUUCACUGUUCAAUCUACCACUGUACAAGUAAGUUCUGCUAUAUUAAAAGAAAGUGCAAACACAUUAAAACUUGAUAUUCUUCAUCCUAAGAGAUCAGAAGCAACUUUUGCAUCAGAGAAAAUAAAAGAAUUUCAUAGACACACCACUGAAUCAAAUGAAGAUCCUGACAGUGAAAUUAAAUAUCUGCACACUACAACAGAAGCAUUGCCUGCAACAGGUGACAAAAUAGUCUCUACUGCAUCCACCCUGGAUGUUCGAGUCACUGUCACUGAAGCAUCUACCAUGAGGCAACUCAUUCCUGAACAUUAUCAAAAGCAAGAGGAAGAAAAUACAGCAUCAUCAACAGCAGCUGUUACUGAUGAAAUUUCCAAAAGGCAAGCUUCUCAUGUGAUGAAACAUGAACAUGUAACUCCUGUUUCAGAAUUAUUGACUGGAACUCCUACUCUUAGAAUAGCUAAAACACCAAAAACCACCACAGAGCCCAACAUGUUGAGUGCAACAGGUCAUGAAAGUUCUGGGGAAGGUUCUGGCUGGCUGGACAUUAUAGGAAAACAUUCUGAAUCAUCUACCCAGUUGCCAAAAAUUGAAAUAACAUUUGCAUCUCAUACCCCUGGUGAAAAAUAUUCAGAGGUUGUGGACCCAGACAUAGCAGUGAAUGGAACCCAGGUGGCACCAAUAUCAUCACCCAUCCACAGAGAAGAAAAGAAAAUUCUACCAACCCUAGAUAGUGACCUUUCAGAGACAUUUGCAGAUGAAAGUUCCACAAACAGCUUAAAAGACUAUGAAGAACUUAUACCAAUUGUUGGUGACAAAAGAAAUUAUUCUGGAGAUAUUCCUAGCUUGAUUGAUGUUAUUGAAGCAGGCCAUGUACUAAUAUCUGAUGAAACAACAAUUAUAGAUGCCGAUAACUUGAAAUCAAAUAUUGAAGAUAUAAGUGGUCAGACGACUGUGGGUUCUGAGAGACGCCCAACACAUGGCAUUUAUACUUCAACCAUGGAAAUUCAGCCUACAACACCUGAUAUUACUUUAACUGAUGAUAAAUCUGACAGCUUUGGAGAUAGAAGUUCUGUAACCAGUAAGUUCAUAUACAGUGAACCCAUAAUAUCUGAACAUACAGUAACAUCAGAUGAUGGGGGUUCAGGAGAUGUUUUACCUUUUACAACAGAAACUCCCAUCUCUCAAGAGCUUCCUAAAAUAGCCACUUUGCUUCCGACCACACCAUUUUUUAGCAGUUCUACCAUAUUGUCUCCAAUCAGCUCCGAAGUUGGUGAAAAGGACAAAGAAUUAGCACUUGAAACUAAAAAUACAGAAUCCAAAAAGAAAAUAGAAGACAAUUCUGAAUUACAAACAUUGUCAGACAACCAAGCAAUAGCUGAUGAAAGCGAAAUGGUUUCUUCCAGUGGGACUUUAGGAAAAGGACAAGUAGAAAUGGAUGAAAAGAAGCAUGUGGCUCCGUCCCCUACACCACCAUACCUAUCUGUUAAAACAGGUCAAGCUUCCACAACACACAAGUCUGAAGAAAGCACUGUUGAUUUGCCACUUGUCUCCCAAAGCCUAACGAAGUCUGAAAAAACAAGCCAGGUCACUUACAAAGGAAUGAAAACUGCAGCUACAGAAUCAAUAGAAACAGAUCCAGAAAAAUUCCUUCUUGUAACUAAAACACCAAAAUCACCCGUGACUGUCUAUUUACUCAAUGGUGUUUCUGAGUACCCUGAAGUAUUCAUGCCAGGUACUCCAUCAACAGCUGAUCCUGACAAGCACACUUUGUCAGUGGUUCAAACUUUUAAAGAAGCUAGUGCUGACAUUGCAGCGACUUACAAACCUGACCUGAAAGAGCCUUCAAAUGUUGCAGAGUUUCCGUUAGCAUCUUCUCCCAAGCUGGAAUUAGGGGGCAAGAUCACAGAAAGCACAACUAUUUCUCGUGGGCAUUUAACAGAAAUGAAAGAAAAGCCAACAGAGGUGAUGCUGAUUUCUGCAGAAGAAACCACUAUUUCCAGGGAGUCUUUUUCAAAAGAAGCUGAACUGAUAACCUCUAAACAUCCAGGCACUGAAACUGUAGAAACUAGCUCAGAGGAAGAAACCUCUCCUGACAAAGUGAAGGAGCUAAAUCAGUUAGAUGAAAAUAGUGCGGAGGGAGACUUGCCCUGGGUACACACCACGCCCCCAUCAGUUCCACAUGAGAGUAAAACAGGUGGAGUAUUUGGUGUUGAUGGGGAAGUUGAUGCCUGGCCUAUUUCACCCCCACCAUCUAUGGAUACAACUGGGGAACCCCAGACUGUGCAGAAGGAGCCAACAACAAUUUCUUCUAAUGCUGCAACAAAAGGUCCAGGCCCUGAAAAUAUUCCUGAGUAUAACAAGCAGACACAGAACAUAGAGGAUAUAACCACGAAUGAACUUGUAACUCUGCCAUUUUUACUUCUGGAUGUUACUAAUGGAUCAGAUUUCCUGAUUGGCACAGGUGGGGGUUCAGUUGAAGGCACAGCAGUUCAGAUCCCAGGCCAAGAUCCAUGUAAAAGCAAUCCAUGUCUGCAUGGGGGCACUUGCUAUCCACGUGACUCUUUCUACAUCUGCACUUGUAUGCCGGGUUUCAGUGGUGACCAGUGUGAAGUAGACAUGGAUGAAUGUCAAUCCUGCCCUUGCAGAAAUGGAGCCACAUGCAUUGAUGGUGUCAAUACAUUUACUUGCCUUUGUCUUCCAAGCUAUGUUGGGGCUCUUUGUGAAAAAGAUACUGAAACCUGUGAUUACGGGUGGCACAAGUUCCAAGGACAGUGCUACAAAUACUUUGCCCAUCGCCGCACAUGGGAUGCAGCUGAGAGAGAGUGCCGUCUCCAGGGCGCCCAUCUGACUAGCAUCCUGUCUCACGAAGAACAGCUCUUUGUGAACCGUAUAGGACAUGACUACCAGUGGGUUGGCCUAAAUGAUAAGAUGUAUGAAAGUGACUUCCGCUGGACUGAUGGCAGUGUGCUGCAAUAUGAAAACUGGAGACCAAACCAGCCAGACAGUUUCUUUUCUUCUGGAGAAGACUGUGUUGUUAUAAUUUGGCAUGAAAAUGGACAGUGGAAUGAUGUACCAUGCAAUUAUCACCUCACCUAUACCUGCAAGAAAGGAACAGUUGCCUGUGGCCAGCCACCAAUUGUAGAAAAUGCCAAGACAUUUGGGAAGAUGAAGCCUCGUUAUGAAAUCAACUCAUUGAUCAGAUACCACUGUAAAGAUGGUUUCAUCCAGCGCCAUGUUCCAAUCAUCCGAUGCCAAGGCAAUGGACGAUGGGAUUUGCCUAAAAUUACCUGCAUGACUCCAUCCUCAUUCCAAAGGACUUAUCCUAAGAAAUAUUAUUAUAAACAUUCUUCACCGGGAAAGGGAAACUCAUUAAAUUCAUCAAAACAUUUUCAUCGUUGGAUCAGGACAUGGCAAGAUUCGAGGCGCUGAAUGCACUCUGGUGGAAGCGGGACGUUCGCCACACCAGCCAAAGUCCUAACUUACUGUGCCUUUUUUUUUUUAAAAAAAAAAAAAAUCAAUUAUAGGAGUAUUACCAAGCAUUUUUGGGAAAAACUUAAGGACCUCAGUACUCACAGCACGUAUCAGUGAUUGCUACAAAUGUGG